UAAAAACCUGUAACGUCUUUAAAAAUACAGACUUUCUUACUCACACCUUUAGUUUUGCAUAGUUCCAUUCAUCACUUCCCUAUAGUUCCAUCCAUCACUUCCCUAUAGUUCCAUCUUUCAACAAUUUUGAUAUGGGAUAUUCCACAAAUUUGUUGUUGCUCGUUGUUCUCGGGGCAUAUUCAUCAAUCUUUACGGCAUCGUACGGAUUUAUUAACGUUUUAGGAGCCAAUUCCAGUUCAUCUUCAAUUCCAAGAAACUUCUUGUUUGGAACAACAUCAUCUUCUUAUCAGUUCGAAGGAGCUUACCUUACUGAUGGGAAAGGUCUCAGUAAUUGGGAUAUUUUCUCACAUAAACCUGGAAAUAUUGCUGAUGGUUCUAAUGGAGACAUUGCUGUCGAUCAUUACCACAUGUAUCUUGAUGAUCUUGAGCUUAUGGAAUACAUUGGAUUAAAUGCCUAUCGUUUCUCCAUAUCAUGGGCUAGAAUUUUACCUAAGGGAAGGUUUGGAACUGUGAACAUGGCUGGAAUAAGACAUUAUGACAAGCUCAUCAAUGCCCUCAUAGGAAAAGGAAUCCAACCAUUUGUGUCAUUGACUCAUUACGAUAUACCUCAGGAACUUGAAGAUAGAUAUGGUGGUUGGCUAAGUCCACAAGUGCAGCAAGAUUUUGCUUACUAUGCGCAUAUAUGUUUCAAAUACUAUGGGGACCGAGUCAAGUACUGGGUCACCUUCAAUGAACCAAAUGUUGUUGCUAUACGUGGUUAUAGAUCGGGGAUUUACCCACCAGCUAGGUGCUCAGGUUCGUUUGGGAAUUGUAGCUCUGGAGAUUCUGAGAGGGAGCCGUUUAUCGUAGCUCAUAAUAUGAUUCUAUCUCAUGCGUCGGCAGUCGACAUCUACCGGACCAAAUAUCAGGUAUCGGGCCACGCAACCAAACAUUGCGCCCUCAAGGAACGUAAAAGAAUUUCUGCUACGAUGUCGUGCCACCGUAAGCUCCCACAGAAGUGCGCCCCUGGUCAGCGUUUGAUUGGUGGACAAGGAGGGGAAAUGGAGGUUUCCACUGGAUUUCAGGAGAAACAGAAGGCCAGUAUUGGGAUUGUUAUGAAUGCUGUGUGGUAUGAGCCCAUCAGCAAUUCCUCACAAGACAGACUAGCUGCUCUGAGAGCUCAAUCCUUCUACAUGAAUUGGUUCUUAGACCCAAUUAUAUUUGGAAAAUAUCCUGAAGAAAUGAAAGAUAUUCUGGGAUCUUUAUUACCCGAUUUAUCAAACGAUUAUUUAAAGAAGCUAAAGAAUGGAUUAUUAGACUUCAUUGGUGUGAACCAUUAUACAAGUUUCUACGCAAAAGACUGCUCACAGUCGACAUGUGAAGAAGGACCUGGUGUUUCGAAGACGGAGGGUUAUUAUCUCAGAACUGCUCUUAAGAACGGUGUUCUCAUAGGAGAAUCUUCUGCAGUGGAUUGGCUUUAUGUUUGUCCUCAAGGAAUGGAGAAGAUGGUGACUUAUCUCAAGAACAGAUUCAAUAAUACACCAAUGUUCAUCACAGAGAACGGCUUUGGCGUGAUGAACCGGCCUGAUUCAAGAAUCAAUGAUUUCCUCAAUGAUGACAAACGAGUAGAAUACAUGAAGAGCUACUUGGAUGCCCUGUUUUCGGUAGUAAGGAAAGGAGCAGAUGUUAGAGGUUACUUUGCUUGGUCGUUGCUUGACAACUUCGAGUGGCUAUGUGGAUACACGAUAAGAUUUGGUCUUUACCAUGUUGAUUAUGCAACCCUUGAGAGGACACCGAAAUCCUCAGCAAAAUGGUACAAGCAUUUUAUUUCAAACUUUACAAGCUGCCAAAUUUUAGCAGAUGAUCAACCGGGUCAUUUAGGAAUAUAAUUUUAUAUGUGAUUUAAUUAAAUUUGUGAUUCUAUUAAAUAA